AUGUCGACAUCUUCAUCUUCACCCAACGUCCUCAUCUCAGGCUACGGCAUCGCAAGCAGUGUCUUCGCAUCCACGCUUUUGCGCGCCUACCCAAACGCCACCAUCACAAUCGUCGAACGCGAUCCAUCCAUGCGUCUCACCGGCGCCAGCGUCGACAUACGCUCAUCCGCCGUCGACAUUAUAAAAUGGAUGAACCUCGAAAAAGAAAUCCGUUCCAAAACUACCAAAGAAGAAGGUGUUGAAUUCGUCGAUGAGUCUGGAAAGUCGUUUGCUACUUGGCUGGCUACUGGAAACACAGAUAUCCAGACCAUGACUUCUGAAUAUGAGAUUUUCAGAGGUGAUCUUGCGAGGAUUUUUGCUAGGGGGAUUGAAGACAAAGUGGAGCUUGUGUUCAGCGAGAGUGUGGCGAGUUAUGAACAGCAAGAGGAUAAAGUAUUUGUUACUUUUUCUAAUGGCAAGGAAGCACAAGAGUAUGAUUUGGUUGUUGCAGCAGAUGGAUUGGCUUCGAAAAUCAGAGGUAUGAUGCUGGGAGUUCCUCCAUCCGAACAUAUCCAUGACGAAGGCGUUUAUGCUUCUUUCUUCGUUAUCGAGAAAGACCUGCUCAACGGCUCGAAACUGGCGAAAUGGUAUAAUACCACUGAAGGUCGCGCUAUCUUCCUUCGUCCAGACCCUGACCCGCGCGGCCGCACAAGAGGACACUUUAUGAACUCAGCAUGGCCUUCCGACAUUGCCACACGCCAGAAAAUCACCACUGCCCUGCGCGAAGGAAACGAGUCCUACAUGCGUCUCGUCGAAGAAUCUUUUUCUUCUUGCCCCUACCAUCAAACCGCCGAAAUCUUGGAAGCCAUGCGCACAACGCCAGAUUUCUACUGCUCGAGAUUCGCACAAGUGCGCGCGCCCAAAAUCCAAGAUGGAAGGGUUGUAUUGCUCGGCGAUGCAGGAUACGCUACCCCCGGCAUAGGAACCUCCCUAGCCAUCAUGGGCGGCCACAUUCUCGCUGGCGAACUACUACGCCACAAUCUCGAUAUUUGUGCCGCAACAAAAGCUUACGAGGAGUUAAUGUUGCCGUUUGCGAAAAGCCAACAAGGAACUCUUGGGGAUUAUGCCAUGCAGAUGUUGAAUCCACAAAGUGCUUGGGGGUUGUGGAUUAGGAAUACUAUACUGUGGGCAUUGGUGGCGGCAAAGAUUGACAAGAUUGCGCUGUGGAUUGCUGGGAAGUUGGGGGUUAAGGAGCCAAAGAUUAAGAUGCCUGUUUAUCCUUGGCCUGAGGUGAAAGGCUAA